AUGUUAAUCGUCAAGCGAUCAAUAAUCGUUUUUAUGAUCGCAAUGCCAACAAUUGUAUUAAUGCGUGCUGCAAGUUCUACAUUUAGUUCUCCGAAUAUGGACAAGCAAUGUAAUAAAACAAUUUCACUAAAUGGUGAUACGCUACCGGGAGCAACAGUAAGUCAACGAAUUAUUAUUGUUAUUGAUAAAAUGGAUAUCGCAUGUAACGGUGAUAAACUACUCAUUUACGAUGGAAAACAAGAACAAGCAUCAUUACUAAAUCAAGACGAAACAACACAAUGUGGAACGAAAAAAUAUUAUCUACGAACAUCUCGUUCAAAUACUGUAAUAAUUGAAUUUGUUUCUAAUAAUGAUGGGAAAGUCGGAAGCGGUUUUAUUAUUAAUGUUGCCGUCAAUUUUCCUGUUCCAACAUGUUCACGCUUGGAUAAUCUUUAUAAAUGCAGAAAUAAUUAUUGUAUAUCGAAUAUAUUUAAUUGUGAUGAUCGAAAUUGGUGUGGAGACGAUACUCAAUUAUAUGUGUGUCGAUAA